AUGGUUCAAAGAAGAGUGGCUGCGUUACAGGUCGGGUACGAGACAAGCACAGCAAAGACGCUGGAGAAGAUCCUCUCGUAUGAGGAGCAACUGAUUAGGGAAAAGGUUGACCUUGUGGUUAUCCCAGAGGCCACCUUGGGAGGCUACCCUAAGGGCACCACGUUUGGAUGCUAUAUGGGGUACAGACUACCAGAGGGCCGUGAUGAGUUCCUGGCAUACCACCGGGAAAGUGUCAAGGUGCCUGACGGACCAGAGGUCCAUGCCCUUGAAGGGUUUGCCAAACGUAUCAAUGCGACUGUGGCCAUUGGUGUUAUCGAGAAGGACGGCACCACAUUGUACUGUACUCUGGUGUACAUUGACCCGGAGACUGGCUACGUGGGCAAGCAUAGAAAGCUGGUUCCAACAGCCACGGAGAGACUGGUGUGGGGCUCUGGAGAUGGCUCAACUCUCCCUGUGAUCGACACCAGGGUUGGCAAGAUUGGUGGUGCCAUCUGCUGGGAGAACUUUGUCCCUCUGCUGAGACAGGCCAUGUACUCUAAGGGCGUCGAUGUCUGGGUUGCGCCUACUGUGGACAUGAGAGAGAUCUGGAGAACGAGUAUGCGUCACAUAGCCUAUGAAGGCCGCCAAUUCCUCGUGAGUGCUGUGCAAUACCAGGGUCCGGUGCCUGAGGAGCAAACACCAAAGGGCUGGCAAGUUGGUGCUCCGUUGAUUAAUGGAGGUUCUGUCAUUGUUAACCCGAUGGGGGAGAUCAUUGCAGGCCCAUUGAUUGGUGAAGAGGGUGUCUUAAGUGCAGACAUCGAUACCGAUGACGUUAUUAAGGCAAGGUUCGACUUCGAUCCUAGUGGCCAUUACUCCAGAGGCGACGUUUUCCAAUUGACAGUAAACGAGACUUCUACAGGUGUUAAGUUCGUUCAAUAG